ACAUGAUGACGGAGUCUGUGUGGACGAAGUGGUUUGUGGAUUAGGAAGAGGGGUAACAGAUGGAGACAAAACCACGGGAGGUAGGAGUGGUGAAGACAGGUGUGGUAGAGCUGUCGGAAGGUGGUAAUGCAGGCAUGGCCACAGAUGCUAUGGAGGAACGCACAGAGACCAAGGGCAACAAAGCAGCUGCGGUGGUCACGGAUGCCAUGGAGGAACACACCGAGACCGAGGGCGACACAACAGCUUUGGUGGCACCGAAUGCCAUGGAGGAACACACCGAGACCAAGGGCGACACAGCAGCUGCGGGUCGAGUUGCGCCCGUGAAAUCAAUCAUAGAAGCAACAAAGGCCGAUGAGGAAGAGGCUGCGAACCGAAAAGGGGCAGUCAGGGUCACAAACGGCAUGGAAGGGGUUACUAAGACUGAUGAGGACGCAGGUGCGGUAGACGCAGGUAAUGAAGAAGAGGCUGUGAUAGGUGUGACAGGCGCCGAUAAUGAAGAAGGGAUUGUGACAGGCGUAGUCGGAGGAGAGUGUGUGGAUAUCCAACAAAGCGGGUGAUGAACAGACCAUCGAAGCAUGUUGCGAAACCUUAUAUAUAUAUCGUCACAAACAGAAUUACCCGGUAAACCGUAG